UCUAGCAUCAGUUAAUAACAACACAAAAAAUAAAUUUUUUUAAUUAUUUAAUAAUUAAAUUCUUUAUUAAAAAAUUAAUAAUUAAUUAAUUAAAUUUAAUUUAAUUUAAAAAAAAUUUUUUUUAAUUUUUGUUCUUUGUUAAUUUUAAAAAAAACAAAAAAUCUUUUUAAAAAUGUUCAAAAUUGCCGUAGUAUUUGCCGUUUUAUUCGCUGUUGCAUUAGGUCGUCCACAACAACAACCGGAAGUAACAAUUCUUAGAUACGAAAAUAAUAAUGAUGGAUCCGGAAACUAUCAUUACGAAUAUGAAUUAAGUGAUGGACAACGUCGUGAUGAAACUGGUGAAUUAAAAAAUGUUGAAGGUGCUGAAGAACCUGUUGUUGUUAUGACUGGUAGUUGGAGUUAUGUUGAUGCUGAAGGUAAAACACAUGAAGUAACAUAUACAGCUGAUGAAAAUGGGUUCCAUCCAGUUGUAUCAAAAUAAAAGGGUUGGCUUUUUUAUGUUAAGGGGAUGAUAAACAACAACAAACAAACAAAUAUAUAAAACAACAACAACAACAACAAUUCAGAAUACUCACACAGAUACAAAAAGUACACACACUCACACACUCUAAAAAUAACAAUAGAAAUUUUCUAAAACAAACAAAAUACAACAAAAAAAAAUAUAUAAAAAUUAUAAAAAAAAACUUAAAUUACACCCACACAAAUUUUAUAAAAAAAAAAUAAUUUAAAAAAAAAAUUAUUGUUUUUGUUAAAAAAAACGCUUUCGGCCAGUAUUUCAAAAUUAUUUUUAAUAUUUUAUUUUUUUCUAAAAAUAAUGAAAAUGUGAAAAAAAAAAAACAAAAAUUUUUUAAAAAUCCUUUAGUUUAUUUACCGUUAUUGUGAGUAGUAAUUCCUCCCCCUUCUCCCACUCCAAUAUAA